UGUAAUGAUGGACCUGCAGACAAGGUAAAACUGACUCCUAUACAGACACCUCGACCAGGUGGCGGAAAGAAGGAAACAGACCCAAAUGGACAACCACAAAAAAAGCUCAAGACUCCAAGCGAGAGUUUCAAGAAUUGAAUGAAGCACAGGAGAAAAAAAUUCAGGGUCUUGAGGAAGAGGUACUUCGACUCACACAGACUAUGAUCGAUCUACAAACUUCUGUGUCAGGAGUGAAUGAAAACUUAAAGAUAACGGUUCAGGAAGAUGUCAGUACGUUUUUAAAUGCAUGGCUAAACAACUUGGCACCAACUGCUAGUGCCACCGGUGGCAAGACAGAAUACUAUUUGCCUGGAUUUUCUGGGAGUGCUGAGAGA